AUGAACUUGGGCAAAACGAAGACAGUGAAGUUGGGUGACAAAUUGCUGGUGGAGUGCACUUAUAACACUGAAAACCGCAGCACACUCACAUGGGGGGGGCUCUCGACUUCAGAUGAGAUGUGUUUGGCCUUCCUCUUCUACUAUCCAGCGAUGAAUCUGAGCGGCUGUAUGAGUUUUCCCAAUACAACAACUUUAAGAUCUGAGAUGGGAACGCCAAAUGCAAAUAACUGGCUCAACUUGAUGUCCAACAAAAUCUGGAAUGACACGUCUAUCAAUCAAUACCAACAAACACUGAAGAGAAUCGACCAGCUCGUCAUAAUUGCUGAUUCAUUGAAUAACAUAUCACGCAACACAGGGCUGAUUCCUGACCUCAGUGUCAUCCCGUCUGCACCCUGCAUGGGCGGCUGUGCCACCAAAAGUCUUGCUUUGCUAUCGCUGCUCCUCUGUUUGGCAGUGCAGUUCAUGCAAAAAUACUACUGA